AGGACGACGUGCUCCGACAUUUGUUUGCCCAAGUUAUGCAAAUAUUUUUAUAGUCAAGACGUUUUUGUUUAAUUGCAUAUUUUGACUCGAAUUACGCGUGCCAUAAAGCAAGGAUCUGGAAAAUUACCACAACCAUGGGUGAGGAGAGCAGGAAGACCCCCAACGCACCGGAACCGUAUGAGUACUUUUUGUCUAGCCCUGGAAUGCAGUUUGACAGAAAGUACUUUCGAGUACUCUCUCUUUCUCUCUCUCUUGUCACACACACACACACACACGUACACACAGUGACGGCACACUUUCUAAUUUCUUCGUCGAGCAUCGCAAAGGGUUUGGAAAAUCAUGGAAAGGAAAUUUGACAUACUUGAGCAGCCAAAGGUCAGCCCAGAUCCGAAGUUCCACUGCUGCCACUGUGGCAAUAAGUUUCAACGCAACGGACCCUACAUCGUUCAUGUGCGUGCCUGUAAGCGUCGCACCGAGUUGAAUGCGGAGCGGACGUCAGUGGAGAAUAAACCCAAGCCUAAAAUCAGCAAUAAGCGCGUAAGCUCUGCUGUUGAAUCCGCAAUUGAUGGGCCCAAGAAGAGGUGCAUCACUGCUGAGCCGACUGGAAGCUGCGACCUGGAAAUAGAAGCAGUGCCCGUGCCCACCAUUAAAAAAGUGUUUACGUGUAUUUUCUGCAAGCAGCCUUUCUCCGUCGAGUUUGAAAUCGGAAAAAUACGUCGACGGUAUGCGUGCAACGAAUGUGCCACAAAGAUCCGGGCCGAAGAGCAGAUACGCACAUCAGUCAAAUCGAAGAAUCGGUUUUUGUGUGAGGAUUGUGGCAUGUUGUACAAACUGGAGGCUAAUUUGAUGAGACACAUGAAUAUAUGCAAGGUGUUGGUCGAAAAUCGCACAAAAAAUGAUUAAAUGUAUUAGUUAUCUUUUUUUUCUCAUAUCAAUAAUAUAUAUGGAAAACAAUCUAUGGAAAACAUCCAUAAUUUUUA